ACUGAGCAGCACUGCCUGCACCAGGCGCUUUAUAAAGAGCUAAAAUUACCAAACUUUACGUUGUUUCCUGAGCUCUCACAAUUGGACGGUCGCAGCGAGCUUAGACAGUUAUAAGGGUUGAAGGACCUCCUACCACUUAGAGACUUGUUCAUGUCUUCUGAGCGCAGCUGUGGAGAGUGAGAUAGGCGCACAGACCCUUUGACGAGAGACAACUUAUUAUUAUUAUUUCACCCAACGAUGGCCUUAUCCGGAGUGAUGCUGCCGUCCUUUUCCACAUUCACAAACCAAAGAGAGAGAACCUGGGAAAACAGGUGGAAGGGAGAGAUGGACAAACUUGUCUCCAGCAGCUGCUCCAUGCUUGAAAUGGUACACAACUUGGACAAUCACAGCAAAAAGGACGACGAGGAUCUGAGUAAUUACUUGGAUCUGGAUUUUAUUCUCGCCAACACAACUGGCUCAGACAGCGCGGCGGACUUUGCUGGCACAGUUGACCCUAGCAUGUACACGACGGGACACUCGAUGCCAUCCUACCAAGCAGAGGACCACCGCUCCCCGCCGCCCCCGUACGGCGCCAGCCUCAUGACAGAGCUGCUCCGCUCAGAGGGACCCAACAACUAUGGCAUUACGCGCAACCCUUGCGUCCAGGGGAGAUUUUACGUCAACACGGUGCCUUUCCCCCGGCAGAACAUCAAAGUCGAGCCCCCCAUGGACGGUUACGGCCCCGUUAUGGGCAUGGUGCCCCAAAGCUGCAGCAAAAUCAAGCAAGAAGGGAACGUUUCGUGCAUGAUGUCCUUCGAGCAGCCCCGGGUUGCCAUCUCCCCGCGGGCAGCAAGCAACAUGACCCCGCCUCUCAGCCCCAAUGACCAGGGAGCUUCAGACUGCCAGGCACAGCUGUGCCAACCCAUGAACUUCUCCCAGAAGUAUCACACACCGGCGGCUUUCCCACACCACCCUCAGGCCCCGCAGAUGCAGAUGCCUUAUCAUGCUCAACACGCUGCCUUUGGCAUGUACGAUGAAGGUCUCAGCAUGCAGCCAGGCGCGCAGAGGGUGAUGCUCACACCGCCUUCUUCUCCCCUCGACCUGAUGGAAUCCAAACCCAAGAGAGGGCGACGCACCUGGCCGCGGAAGCGCACUGCCACGCACACCUGCACAUUCGCUGGCUGCGGGAAAACUUACACAAAGAGCUCCCACCUGAAGGCUCAUCUCAGAACUCAUACCGGUGAGAAGCCAUACCACUGCAGCUGGGAAGGCUGUGGAUGGAAAUUUGCCCGCUCAGAUGAGCUGACUCGUCAUUUCCGCAAACACACAGGUCACAGGCCCUUCCAGUGCCACCUGUGUGAACGCGCCUUCUCCAGGUCUGACCACCUCGCUCUCCACAUGAAGAGACACAUGUGAAGAAGCCCACAUAAGAACUUGGGGUCAAUGGGGGGGGGGAUUGUGUUAUUUUUAUUGUAAUUAACUGAUGUAUUUUUUAUUUAAAUUGUUGUACACCUGACCAAAGUCUUUUUUUAUAUAAUAUUGAAUUGAAAGUUUUAGUGUUAUUAUGUUCUAAUAACGUAGCUGGUACUACUUUGGUUGUAUGAAAGCUUUAGAAAAGCUUUGUUUGCUUUAGAGCAGGCAGACCAGGAAGGGGCUGGCCCUGUACAUACUACUCUUCUUUGACAGAACUGGAAUGCUGUGUUUGACACAAAAGUGCCUUUCUAUGACUGCUACUGUAAAACUCUUCACGACCAAACGACGUGGCCACAAAAACAGAACAUGUUCUUGUUGACAGGAGUGAGGUGCACAUACAGUUGUCUAACAUGUGCAAAGACAAUGUUUUAUUUAAACUGCCUCAAUGUCUGAAUGGCCUGAACUUUUCCUGUUUCCCACUCUUUGGAGUUGAUUUUGUCUCCUCGUUUGUGAAACUCUCAGAUCCAGCCCCCUCUGUUCACUAUCAGGGCUUGAUGUCCUGUGCAUUAUUUUUCACUUAAAUUUAUAUUAAAAAAAAUGUACAUGGAUUUUAUACUGUCAAAUGUAUUUAUUGUAAAUAUUAAAAACAAUG